CCUCCCCCCUCCAGCUUGGAAGCGAACCAUUGAGGGCGAGUAUUUAAAGUAAGAGAGAAAAGUCAAAGGGAGAUAAAAAAAAAAGAGGAGGCAACUUAAAGCUACUAUCCUCUGUCAGUGCCUUCUUAGGGAGAACUGCAGUGUUGCUCGCUUGUACCCUCUAAAUCUAGACAUCUAGAAUCUAGUUUGUUUCAAGGAAAAGCUGUCGGCCUUUUUUCUUGCAGUUUAACAUGGAUUAUUUUGCUUUGUUCUUGUGUGCUGGCAGUAUUGUACUAAGUGGCUGUUUCAUCACCUCUGAAGCUUGUUUGUCAGAAAGCUCUGAAUGCCAAUCAUUGUCUCAAUCACAAAGUCAAGAUCCUAAAAAUAUCCCUGCACUUUGCAAUAACCUUUCAAAAGUAAAGUCUUGCUACGACAAGGCCAUUGUAGGAUGCAAGACGGAUGAACAUCGAAAAUUGAUUCAGGCUAGUAUGGAUGGGACGGAAAGUGCGUUAAAUACUUAUUGUAAACAAGAUAUGACCUGUUCAGCGCUCGGCAUGUCCAAAUGUUUUACUGAAAGUUCAGUUGGGCCGCAGAGCCAGGGAGCAAAGAACAUGACUGAUGAGGACUGCAGGAAAGUGCUGAAACUUGAGCGUUGUUUGACAGAGCUGCAGUCAAAGUGCGGGAACACAAUCAAGGAAAUUGAUAUGACACUUGAACAGUCAAAACCAAUUCUUAUUGAAUGUAAGGGUAGGUUUAAGAACACCGGAAGUAUAUCUGGGCCCAGCUGCUUGUUCGCAGCACUCUCUCUGGUUUUACUGGUCCGGAUGUAAUUUUAUUUUAAGAAAUAAGGGAGAUAAUUGCUUUAUUCUUUACAUUUUUUUAAAAUAUGCUUGUACGUAUGUAUGCAUUUUUAUUUUCAAUGUGUAGAUAAUAGUUUUUGUAUCUAAGAAAGUAAGUCAUUUGAGUGCCAAAAUUGAAUACGAACCUGUGCCUCUUUGUUCUUUAAUCCUAUAUUUAAAUUGUAGCAAAACUAUAUCAUUAUAAUACUGUUUUCCGUUUGCGGAGGUAUCAUAGUGACCACAUUUUAUUUUUAAUGUAUACUCAUAUUAUAUUCAACCACUAUAUAGUUUUAAAAAUAUGCAUGAGAGAAUUCUAGAUGAGGAAUACAAAUUUGAAUGUAAGCAGAUAUGCUAUGCUAGAUGUUCCCUAAAGGAGGUAUUUCUAAUACAUACAAUGCCAAUAUUUUAUAUUCAAUACACAUACAAUAUACAUCGCCGGUCACACUAAAUCAAAGGGAGAAUUAUACCAAGAAACUUUACUAUUAUUUAAAUAUAAUGAAAUGAUAUGUUAAGCAAAUAAUGUUUUACGAACCUUAUAUCAAUUCAUUCUGUCUGUCCUAUACAAAAUCCUAUAUACGUUAUCUCUCCCACACCCAAGUAUCGGAUCAAGUUAAUAUUUCGCACAAUUAUCUUUUGAACCUGAAAGAACAAGAAUCAAUAUAAAAAUUAACCAAUUAAUUAGUUAACUAUUGGUAAUUAAAUAUUUUGUUUUGUAUCAAACAAAGGAAAGAAAUAGUACUUUGCGGUGGCAUAAGUUGAAUUAGUCCCCUUUAUAUUUUAUGUCGUCGCUUAAAAGUUUGAAACUAACAAUAGAUAAUCUAUAAAACCUUAAUUUUCUUAAGCACUUUGUUGGCACAGUGGUUAGUGGGUAUUGUAUUGAGGUGAGUUCAAAUUCAAGUAGUACACUUUUUUAUUUAUAUAAAAUGCAUUUAAAAAGCGUUCUCGGUAACAUUUACGUAGAUACACCCAUUCUAACCCCUGCCCCAUCUAUGACUGGUCCAGACAGGAGAUAGGAUCAUAGCGUAUUGAGAAAGCUAAAAGCAUGAAAUUGCACUAAACAAAAACAAUUGGUAAAAAUAUUUCUAAUCGCACAGAUUUAUUAUUGUUAGUCUUGAUUUAUUACAAAUUAAAUUCCAUGACUGAUCCAAACUAAUUGAUACAAUGAAACUUCAUAUAAGCUUUGUUUUAAAAAAAAAAGUAUUUUUUUCUAUAUUUUCUUGCGUAUGUUCAUCACUUGUAAAUCGGGCUUCCAAUGAUACAGUAGAACUUGGUAAAAAAAAAUGUCUCAAGAAUCAAUUACUUUGAUGAGACAGACAUUUGGUUAUGGGCCCCAAUGUCUUAAAAUCAUUACUAUGGCCAGGUCUAUUUUAAAUCACUUUUUUGGAAAUUGGUGGCUCUCUUCUUCCUUUCGAUCAGUAUUGACAUUAUGUUAACUCUUCAUGCUUAAUUACAUUGAUUAAACCCUGUACAUUCAAAUUCAUGAAAGAAAAGGUAGAUGUAUAAUGUAUUAGCAUAUAUUUUAAAUUUCUGUAUAUUUAAAUUUCUCUCUCUGUAUACAUGUGUGUGUGUGAGUGUGUAUUGUUUUUGUGUGCAUGUAUGCACUAAAGUUUCAUCUAGGUAUUUCUCAGUGUCUAUGUUUAUUUAUCGAUAUUUAUGUGUUGCGAUCUGGGUUUUAGAUGCGUCAUUGAAGCAGAGUUUGUUACAACUUAGAUCAUAAAACUUCUACUGGGCAACAGGUAAUUAAGGCAGCAAAGGUUUGAACUCAGCACCUUCGUAGAUAACAAAGAGAAAUACAAACAAAACAAAAGCCCAUUUCUCAGAUGAAAAAUUGCUAACUCUUUUGUUUAGAAUUUAAAGAUUUAAAAAAAAAAGAAAAAAGAGAAUUAAAAAAUAAUAAUAAAAGUUGAAUACACAUUAAACAAGUCACCUUAUAAGCUCAGUGUUGAAAGACUGAGUUAACCCUUUUAGUACUAAGCAGUUGCAACAAUAUAUUUACAUUUCUACUGCAAGUUCGCUUUUGUAUGCGUUAAGGGUUAAACGAAUAAGAACGGACUAUAUUUGAUCUUCGUGACCAGACAUUUUAUUUCUUAAGUAAAAGUUCCAAAAUUGAAUUCUGAAUGUAGCUCGCGGUGUGAUUACGUCAUUGGUCAACUCUGAGCGAAGUCUGCAAAUUUUACUUGGGGAUUAAAAAAUCGGACAAAAGAAUGAUGCUUCUUAGAAUGUAAAGCAAGCAAUGCCGUCAUCACUUCUGCUAAAGCUUUGGGUGUCCUAUUAUUUCUUUGUAUAGGCUAGUGAUUUUAUUUUAGAACGUAAGCAAAUGUGACGAAGUCUGCUGUCAAUAGAAAAAGAUCUAAAUCUCGCAAGAAUGAAUGCUUAUACACUUAUCGCUGUGGUGUAACAUUGCAUUUUUUUAAACAUUGAUAAUUUAUCAUUAAAAAAAGGCUUGCUCAAAA